GACCCAGGACACCGUCCCCCAGCACCGGGACCCCACUGCAGGCACCGGCACCCGCCCGGGACCCCCCCCAGGGACACCGGCUCUGAGCCAGGACACCGUCCCCCAGCACCGGCUUUGCCACCGGGACCCCCACCCCGGGCACCCACCUUGUCCCAGGACACCGACACUGAUUUGGGACCCCCACCCAGGGUACCAGGACCCCUUCAGGAUACUGGGACUGACCCAGAACCCCCACCUGGGCACGGGGAUUGACUUGGGACCCCUGCCCAGGCAUCAGGAGUGACCCGGGACCCCACCCAGGGCCCCACACCCACCCGAGGACCCCAACCCAGCCACGAGGAGUGACCCGGGACUCCCCUACACACCCAUUCGGGACCCUCCCCACCAGCACCCAGGAAACCCCUCACCCGCCGAGGACCCCCCCAGCCCCACCAGGAUGAACUCCUUCGACGCGGCGCCGGGCGAGGACCCCGAGGAGCUCCCGGCCACCGAGAAGGACCUGGCGGAGGACGCGCCCUGGAAGAAGAUCCAGCAGAACACGUUCACACGCUGGUGCAACGAGCACCUCAAGUGUGUGCAGAAGCGCAUCGGGGACCUGCAGCGCGACCUGAGCGACGGGCUGCGCCUCAUCGCCCUGCUCGAGGUGCUCAGCCAGAAGAAGAUGGGGCGCAAGCACCACCCGCGCCCCAACUUCCGCCAGAUGAAGCUGGAGAACGUCUCGGUGGCCCUCGAGUUCCUGGAGCGGGAGCACAUCAAACUCGUGUCCAUCG